AUGCCUUCGAAAACAACUACCACACGCACGCAAACCUAUCAAAACUCUGAGUCCUCUUGGAAUGAUGUUGUAUCAAAGCCUAGAGACUCAUGGGGUCUUCCCAGCACUACUACCAGUGCUCCAACCAAAAUCGGGUCCACAUCUACCACAUCACAACCAUCUGCACCUCCUCAGACAUCAUGGGAUAUCCAAGAUCCCGAACUAGAUGCGAAGUCCAGAGAAUUGUUCGGCCUUGCUCCCAUAGAUACCAUUCCCGCCAAGCAUGAAUCAUCCUUCGAUUGGUGCAUGAACAAAAAGGAAAAGAUCCUCGCCCUGCAAUCUUCCAAGCGUUCCACCAAAAUCUUCGCUCUUAAGUGCAAUUACUGCAACCGAUACUUCAAACACUGCAUGUUUUCCAAGGCAGAAAGGAGAAUAGACAACGACAACCAGGCAUGCCGCUGGUGCCAAGCCGAUGGCGACGAGUAUUAUGAUCGGAAUCAGUGGGAAGUUCAUCAUCAUAUCCAUUGUAACAAGCCUGGCAAGAAAGCUUGUAUGGCUUGGUGUAGCCUGACUCCUCCUUCUGGUGUUCAGAAUAAAUACCGCUAG